AUGUUGUCUUCCGCCGAGCACGCUGCAGGCUGGGCAGGACUCCGGAACACAGCCUUCGUAACCGAGAAAAGGAGUAAGGUUUCUUCCCGCCGCGGCGUCUGCGGACUGGCCCUCGGGGGGGCGGGGCUUCCGGCCGGCGCGGAGCCGCUUCCGGCCGGCACGGCCGGCCUCAGCCGCCGCGGACCCACGCGGGCGGGAAAAGACCGGGCGGCGCUGGCGGACGCAGCCGUGGUCCUGCUGCAGCUACUCCUUAGCCCAGGACCCGAGAAAGAACCGUCCCUGUGGCAGCAGCUGGUGUCAUUUCGGGAGGCAGUGACAUUUGAGGAUGUGACCAGAGAUUGGAAGUGUCAAGAGACCUCUCAGAAGGAUUGCAGCAGCACAAUGCUGGACAGUUGCAAGAAGCCAGUCCCUCAGCUUAGCAAAGACGAAUUAAUAGGUUUCACUUUCCCCAUGAUGCCACAGAGAGCUGGAAAUGAUCCCCCUGGGGUUUCAAAUCCAAGUGAAAUGGAAAAGGAGAUAAGUAACAUGAGAGAAAAGUUUCUCAUCAGCGUGACAAAGUUAGUGGAAAGCAAAAGUUACAACAGCAAGGUAUUUUCCAAAGAAAAGUACUUUCAAACAAUAAAGGAAGUGAGAGAAGCUAAGGAGAAGGGGAGGAAGUCAUCACGUGAUUAUCGCCGUGCAGCAAAAUACGACGUGAUCUCUGUGCAAGGCACAGAGAAACUAAUAGAGGCUACUCAUGGAGAACGGGAUCGAAUACGGUAUUAUGUACACAAGGAAGAGCUGUUUGACAUUCUUCAUGACACACAUCUCAGUAUUGGCCAUGGCGGGCGGACGCGCAUGCUCAAGGAGCUUCAAGGAAAAUAUGGGAACGUCACCAAAGAAGUCAUUGUCUUAUAUCUGACUCUGUGUAAACAGUGCCACCAGAAGAACCCAGUAUCCAAGAGAGGCCUCGCACCCAAGCCCGUGCCACUUAAGGACAUUGACUCCAGAUGCCAAGUUGAAAUCCUUGACAUGCAGUCAAAUGCUGAUGGUGAGUUCAGGUUUAUUUUGUAUUACCAGGACCACUUGACCAAGUUUAUUAUUUUACGGCCAUUAAAAGCCAAAGAGGCCCAUGAGGUGGUCUCUGUCCUGUUGGAUAUUUUCACAAUUCUUGGUACACCCACGAUGUUAGAAUCUGACAGUGGCUUGGAGUUCACAAACCAGGUUGUCAAUGAGCUCAAUGAGGUAUGGCCAGACCUAAAGAUUGUCCCUGGUAAGUACCACCCUGGCCAAGGCCAGGGCUCCCUGGAGCGAGCAAGCCGUGAUGUCAAGAACAUGCUAAGUGCCUGGAUGCAGAGUCACCAUUCACAUCACUGGGCUGAAGGCCUGCGAUUCAUGCAGAUGGUGAGGAAUCAGGCCUUUGAUGUUUCCUUGCAGCAAAGUCCAUAUGAGGCGAUGUUUGGUUGUAAAGCCAAAUUUGGACUCUAUUCCUCACACUUACCCCGGGAAACUGUGUCUGUUUUACAAACAGAAGAAGAACUAGAAAUUGCUGAAGAACAGCUAGAAAGCAGCCUUUGGAUCAGGCAGGAAGAAAGAGCUGAGGUCGGAGCAGACCGAUCUGACAUGGACGAGGACGUCAAUUCCACUCCUCCCAAAGCUGCAGAGCCCAGCACCUCCCAAGGGGCCCCAGGUCUCUUUUGCUGGUGAACAGACACCUGCCUCUGGGCACCGUGUAGCCACCUGAGAACUGUUGCCAAGGCCCCAGAUGAAAGGAAUGAAGGCCACACUCUCAGGAAAGCUGUCCAUGGUAGUCCUGGCUCACAGGGGGAAAGCAACUUGGGUCUCUGAUCUCGGGCUGCCAUAAAAAAUUACCACAAAUGUGGAGGCAUAAAACAACAGCACUUUCUUCUCCCACAGUUCUGGAGGCUAGAGGUCUGACAUCAAGCUGUUGGCAGGGUUCGUCGCUCUGGAGGCUCUGAGGGAGAAUCCAUCCCAUGCCUUUCUCCUUUGGUGGCUGCCGGCAGUCCUUGCAUCCCUUGGCCUAGAGCAGCACAAAUCCAGUCUCUGCCUCGUCUGCACGUGGGUCUUCUCCCCUCUGCCUGUGUGCUCCUUUUCUGUCUCUUACAAGGACACUGUUGGACACCAAAUCUAUGUCAUUGGACUUAAGGCCCAUCCUAAUUGAGGAUGAUCUCAUCUCAAGAUCCUUUUUAUUUACUUUUGGCUGCACUGGAUCUUCGUUGCUGCAAGUGGGCUUUCUCUAGUUGCGGCGAGCGGGAUCUACUCUUUGUUGCAGUGUGCAGGCUUCUCCUUGCUGUGGCUUCUGUUGUUGCAGAGCACGGUCUCUAGGUCUGUGGGCUUCAGUAGUUGUGGCACACAGGCUCAGUAGUUGUGGCUCGCGGGCUCUAGAGCACAGGCUCAGUAGUUGUGACGCACAGGCUUAGUUGCUCCAUGGCAUGUGGGAUCUUCCCAGACCAGGGCUCGAACCCGUGUCCCCUGCAUUGGCAGGCGGAUUCUUAACCACUCUGCCACCAGGGAAGUCCCUCAAGAUCCUUGAUUUCAUCUGUGAAGACCCUUUUUCCAAGUAAGGUCACAUUCACAGAUGCCAGGGAUUUGGACUUGGACGUAUCUUUUGGGGGGGCUGCAGUUCUACCAACUACAGUCAGUGGAAGAGUAUGUUAGCCUGCAGAACAUGAACUGAUAGGGUCUGAAGCCUGUAGAGCUGGUGGGACUGCCUUACAUAUAUCUAGUGCCUGUUCCUGCUUCUAGACACAUAACCCAGAAGAUGGGGGCAUCAGAGAAAAAGAUGUAGGUGAAGGACAAAUAACGAGAAGAAAAGAGGUUGAUCUAACAUGCCCCAGAGAUUGCCUGCUUCAAGAGAAACCUGAUGUACCAUGCCCGCUCUCAGAAUGGCACCCACAGGGAUUAUUGUGUGAUGUGUCUGAAACAUAUUUUAAAAAUAGGUCAAAAUUAAGGCAUGGCUGGGAUUUGGGUCUGAGUCUGCCAGUUUUCUAUACCUCAGGCACGGCACAACAUGUAUUCUUGGAAAGGGUGAGUGCAUUCCAGGAAGUGACUAGUAGCAGGGAAACAACUAAGCACUCCUGAGCAAAAUACAAAAGUUGGCCUGAGGUCACUGCUCCAACCAGAGAAGAAUAGAGCAAAGGCCAGUCUGGGUCAUAGUUCAGAGUAAAGGGGAGAGUAAUGCCCAGGAUCUGUGCGCUGCUGUAUUCUCAAGGCCUGGAAGAGUACAUAGCCCAUCAGAGGUGUUCAGAAAGGAUUUGCUGAGUGAACAAAUGAUUCUUCAGAGAUGGACACUGGGAAGAAGGGGGCUGCAGUCCCUUAUUCUCCCGUUCAUUCUUCCUGCAUCUCAAAACCAUUCUGAUUGCCCCUGGCGCUGGUUUCCUCUUCUGAAAGAGGCAAGAACAGUCCUGAUGCCGCCUACCUCAUGGGGUCUUUGUGAAAGACGGUGAGAUAAGGCAUGUGAAGUUCUAGAUGUAAGUUGUCCUUGCUAUCAGCAGAUCUUAUCCUCCUUGUGAGCUUUGGAGAUCUCUGUCCGUUGCCAUUCCUUUGCUGAUUAAACAGUGUUAAGCUGGAUAUCCAGGAAGGCUGCAUUAUUAUUAGAAAGGAGAUGAUACCACUUUCCAGCUUGUUUCGGGGGGACCAGAAUCUUGCGCUAUCCUUGGCCAGCACCUCACGUUCCAUCCUUUCUGUAUCGCUCAGGCUAGCAGGGCCUUGGAGGCCCAACUCGACUGAUGUUGUCAGCCCUCCCCGCAUGCUGACUUCCUGGUUGCGGAGCAAACCAGGAACCACAUCAUCAACUCAUGUGGGUGGCAGGUGAAAUGAGGCACGACGCUACUGCCUAUCCCCGGGGGUGGCCACAAAUAACGUAGGCUUCCGGAGCUGUUGCAUCUGUCUUCCUCCUUUGGUCCUUAGGGUGGCAGUGGAGAGAGCGGGAGUGGACACCUAGACCCGGUCCAGCCUUACUCUACAUUAACACAUUUCAGCAUCUGGAACAGAACUGACUGCUUUCAAUUUGCAAAUAUAUUUUGUCCACCUAA